UUCUGAGGCUUGUAACGAGCGCUGUAGCUACUGCGAAGACGCGAUCGCGGCGGGAAUCUUCGGUUUCGACCACGCGAUUGUAGGAGCCGCGCGAUGGCUCGCGAUAGCUCGCGGCGCGAUAGAUCGCUCCCGGUCAAAAGAUUUAAAUUAGCCGACAGAUCCGAUUUAUUUCUCUUUCCUUUCUUUACGAGGACACGUACUUUUUCGCGACGCGGCGUUUUUUACGUUCGCGCGCGGAAUUGGGCUUUUUUGCCGCGAAAGAUUUAACGGGAUCCAUAAAGCGGGAGACCGAAGCCGCGCUCUUCUUUUAUCCCUCUCUCGUCGGUCGGUGCUCUUCCUCCGUGGAACCAGAACGUCGAGUUGGAUUAGAGCUAACGAACGCGCAACGAACGCGCACGAUGAAUCGAUAGCGUGAGAAGCGUAGAUGAAGAAUAAUCGCUUUCCGAAGUCUCGUUUGCGCCGCGCAGCACGCCAGAUUUCUCUAUCCGAUUGUGAUUUAUGAACUCCGUCUUCUUCUUUCUUUCUUUUUUUUAUUUAUUCACUCCCUGUCUCUCUCUCUCUCUCUCUCUCUGUCUGUGUGUAUCUCCACAUACAACACACAAAACCAACCAACCAAUCAACCAACCAACCAACCAAUCAACCAAUCAAUCAAACCAACCGUCACUCGCCAUCGACCGAUCGGCUAAUCGACCCGCGCGGUACGAUACAAAAUAUGUCAAAAUCGAAGGCAGCCGGAGAAGAAGACCGAGGGUAGGGCGUCCCAAAAGGAAUCUGGCGAGAAUCCCGAGUUUAUGAAGAGGCAAGAACAGAAAAGAAGCGACCUUGACGAGCAGCUCAAAGAAUACAUAGCGGAAUGGCGAAAGCAGAGAGCCAAGGAGGAGGAGGAGCUGAAGAGACUAAAGGACAAGCAAGCCAAGCGCAAGGUCACCCGCGCGGACGAGGAGAAGAGAUUGGCCCAGAAGAAGAAGGAGGAGGAGGAACGUCGCCAACGUGAAAUUGAGGAGAAGAAACAACGUGAUAUCGAAGAGAAGAGAAGGCGCUUGGAGGAAUCGGAAAAGAAACGUCAGGCUAUGAUGCAAGCGCUGAAAGACCAGAGCAAAGCGAAGGGUCCAAACUUUACCAUCACCAAGAAGGAUGCGCUUGCGGGUAAUCUUUCAUCGGCGCAACUUGAGCGUAACAAGACGAAAGAGCAGCUCGAGGAGGAGAAGAAGAUCUCCCUUAGCAUUCGCAUCAAGCCCUUGGAAAUCGAUGGCCUGGCCAUCGACAAGCUCCGUCAUAAGGCUACCGAAUUGUGGGAGGCCAUAGUCAAACUUGAAACCGAAAAGUACGAUCUGGAGGAGCGACAAAAGCGUCAGGAUUACGAUCUUAAAGAGCUGAAGGAACGUCAGAAGCAACAACUGAGGCACAAAGCCUUGAAGAAAGGUCUCGAUCCCGAGGCUUUAACUGGCAAAUAUCCCCCGAAAAUCCAAGUCGCCUCGAAGUACGAACGUCGCGUCGAUACCAGGUCUUACGAUGACAAGAAGAAACUCUUCGAAGGCGGUCUGACCGAUCAGCAGAAGGAGACCGUCGAGAAGCAGUGGACCGAACAGAAGCAACAGUUCAUGGGUCGUCAGAAGACGAAGUUACCUAAGUGGUUCGGCGAGCGACCGGGCAAGAAGGCUGGCGAUCCCGAGUCACCGGAGGGCGAGGAGGACGUGAAGGCCGCCGUUGACGAUGACCUCGAGGAGCCGCAGUUCGAUGAGGAGGAGGAGGAGGAGGAGGCGAAGGAGGAGGGCGAGGAGGAGGAAGAGGAGGAGGAAGAGGAGGAGGAGGAGGAGGAGGAGGAGGAAGAGGAGGAAGAGGAGGAGGAGGAAGAGGAGGAAUAAACCUUCUGGUCGCUUCGGCGCGAUGUUAAGGAAAAGCGUAUCUCGGAAAUUUUAAAAAA